AUGGCAUCUAGUCCGGUGGAAAAGAAGGUGCUGGACGAAAGUAAUAGCGACGAUGAUGUGCUUGCGCAGUUGGGUUAUACCCAGGAGUUGAAGCGUAGCUUCAGUCUUCUGGGAAUGGUCGGCUUCUCUUUCAGUAUUGUCACAUCUUGGACGGCUCUCUCGGGUGUUCUUAUCAUUGGCGUUGAAUCUGGAGGCCCGCCGGUCAUGAUAUGGGGUUGGCUCUGUGUCUGUUUAGUUACGCUUGCGGUCGCCUAUUCUAUGGCUGAGAUGUGUAGCGCGUAUCCGGUUGCUGGCGGACAGUAUAGUUGGGUAGCUAUUCUGGCUCCUACUCGCUGGGCCCGAUCGAUGAGCUAUCUCUGUGGCUGGUUCAUGUUGAUCGGCAUCAUAUGCAUGGGCGCUGUGAACAACUUUGUCGCAACAAACUUCAUCCUAGGUAUCGCGCAAUUGAACUACGGUUUCACCAUAGAGCGCUGGCACACGGUCCUAGUUGCUUACCUCAUCACUUUCCUGGCAGCGAUGUCGAAUAUUUACCUACCGCAUAUUCUCAACAAGCUUUCCAAGGCCAUCUUUGUCUGGAACCUGCUCUCGUUUGCGGUAUGUCUAGUUACUAUACUGGCUACAAACGACCACAAACAGUCUGCGAGCUACGUGUUCAGCGAUUUCCAAAACUUCACUGGAUGGAAUGCGCCGUAUGCAACUUGUUUGGGACUUUUGCAGUCGGCUUUUGGCAUGUGCUGCUACGAUGCUCCAUCGCACAUGACGGAAGAGAUUAAGAAUGCUCGGAAACAAGCACCGCGAGCCAUAGUCAUGGCAGUGUACAUUGGCUUUUUCACCGGUACCGUUUGGUUAAUCGCACUUUGUUUCUGUAUCGGCGACCUCGAAGCGACAGGCUCUACUGCGACCGGAGUCCCCGUCAUCGAGAUCAUCUUCAACUCGACUGGUAAUGUAGCGGGCACGUCUACGUUGGCAUCCAUGAUCGCCAUCAUUGCCACUGUUUGCGCCAAUUCGCUCAUGGCAGAGGGAUCAAGAGCUGUAUAUGCAUUUGCUCGCGACAACGGGCUCCCCUUCUCCGAGGUGUUGAGCAAGGUGUCCUCGCGAUCCGUACCUGUAUACGCUGUCAUCUUGACAGCGGUCGUGCAGAUGGCGUUCAAUUCGAUUUACUUUGGUACCACGACUGGUUUCAAUACCAUUAUUGCUAUCGCUACACAAGGAUUCUAUCUCUCUUACCUCAUGCCUCUUCUUUCCCGCAUCCUAGCUCACUUCUCCGGAAAGAAAACACGCCUUGAGGGUCCCUAUUCGCUCGGCCGCUGGGGUAUCGUACUCAACAUUAUCGGAUUUCUGUAUCUGGCGUUCAUCUGCGUUGUAUCCAACCUUCCGAGUGUCACGCCUGUGACCAGCGAGAACAUGAAUUAUACUUCAGCGGCAACGGGAGUUGUUAUGUUGAUUAGUUUGAUUUUCUGGAUCAUGACUGGGCGCAAGAAGUUCACUGGGCCCGCGGAUGGGAAUUUGCUGGAUGUGGGGACACAUGUGGCGUAG